CCCCACUUAAAGUUUCUGUCGUCUUGUCUUCACGAACCACUAUUACGAACCCCGCAGCAUUGAGCCAAAGUGCUGCCAACGGUACCAGAUCGGACGCGAGCCCAGACAAAGCAAAGAAGACCCAAUCGAUUUCGACGCAUGAAGGGUCUCUCUCGUCGUCUGCUUUGUUGUCAUUUCAAAGUCCCGGACUCACCAGCCGAUUGCUAUAGUAAUUGAUUGCGAGGGAGUUCAGCGUUACUUUGCUCUGUCACAUCGACCAGUAUAUAGGAGUACUGUGCGAGACGAUCCGUGUUUUGGAGAAAAGAGGACGCUGCGAAAGGUUUUUAUUUCUUUUUCUUUUUUCCCCUUCCCUUUUCGCCGCCCGCCCCUACCUCGCACCCACAGCAACAACAGCAACUCGUGCCGUCAUCCAAGUCAACCGGCGGAAAACUCAGUCUGGCCAACCCGACCUCCCACUUUUAUCCCUGUCCCGUCCUCCCCACCACCAAACCAAGAGGGGAAAGCAAGUCCACCCACACCCUGUCAACCGAUUCGACCGUGCACGAAACGUUUCUGGGUUACUUUUGCUUUUCUGUUCUCUAUUUUUUUUUUCUGGCCACCCCCUGCUCGCAUCCUUUUUUUGCUAGGUUGUAAGCUGUUGUCUGUUGUUGUGGUUUUGGCGCGCGUGCCUCUCCAACCGCUCGUCAUCCCGACAAAGUCGACCGACUAGAUAACCUGCCCAUUGGCACCUACCUUUUUUUUCACCAACCCCACCUACCUAGAAACGGGAUCUGGUCAAAUUUUCCCCCGACUGAAUUUUUGAGGACCAAGCCCAGAAGCUGCAUUAACUACAAACAUCUGUGCGCCCUCGGUGUCUGCGCAACGGUCGAUCUAAACAAAAAACAAACGGCGCCACACACUGCUCCUCCUUUUUGUUCGUUGCUGCUUCUGAUUGAAGUCUAUUCAAUUACUAGCUCAACGACGGCGCAGAACUCCAAGUCUGCAGUUUACUACUGCCGUCAUCACAACAUCACCCAGAGCGCGUUGCGCAUUUGCCGAUGGUUCUACAAGCAAUAUGCCCGCCAAGUUGAAGCCAUUGCUGUUGCCCCAGAUGGUAGAGGACCGUCGAAAGGAGGCCGACCAGACCUUCUUUUACCUGCAAGAUAAUAUUUCGUCCUCGGAGAUGGCAUCGCCAGUCACCCCGACCUUCUCUCAGCGCGACGGACACAUGCAGCAAUACUCGAGCUCGACAUCCUCACUUGAGCUGUCUGCCUCGUACUGCUCCGACAGCUCUGUAUCUCCCGCAGCCCUUGCUCAAGUGGCUACCCAGAUGCUCAACCAAAACAUUCUUCCGACGGCCAGCACGAGCUCAAGCACAAACACCAGCGCCAGCACGAGUGCCACUGCUACCAAGACCCCAACACCUAAGCGAUCGCUGCCCGAUGUUCAGGAGGAGCCCUUUGAGAGGGAUGGCGACGACACUCUCUUGCCAGAGCCUUUCGAUUUCCCCGAGUCGUUGGAUAUUGACGACGACGCCUACUGUCUUUGCAGCGAGAUCUGUGAGCAUCACAGGCCCUCACUUCCUCACAGCGCCUCGAUGCCCAUUGACGAAACCGAUCAUGAAAUGGAUUUUAUGAGCGACAGCGACUAUCCCUACGCUACCAUCAAGAGGCAACGGGGUCGCAGCGGCGGCAACGAUUCACCGCUCUCUGGAUUAGCCUCAAGGAUUCGUCUUCCCAGCAUCUCCAGGUGGAGAUCUACAGAGAGGCGAGCAGCAGCUUCUUCGUUAAGCUUCAGCCCUGCCUCGGAAACCACUCUAGAUUACCGGCCGUCGAUGUCGAUUGGACCCUCGAGCCGAUCAUCUUCUGUCUCCCGAGGACGCCGACCGACUCUGGACCGUACCUUCGAACCCCCUUUGCCCCCGACACCAGCUUUAUCUUUCUACGAAAGCUCGGCCACCUCUCGCGACAGCAUAUCGGUUCCUACACCGUUGGAUAUCGAAGCCGCCAAUGAGCUCGGCAGAAGCCUAGAGCGUGAGCGUGAGAUGGCGACAACUCCUUUGCUCCCACCCCUCAUGACCAAGCCGCCACCUUCCACUGCACCCUCUGCGCCUCAGUCUCCUCUCGAGUUUCCCAAGAUUGAGCCAUACCAACAAACUACCUUUAGCUCUCCGGAGCUGAGCCUCAGCUCACCACAGUAUUUCCCCGCCCCGGCGCUCAGUACGAAACCCUCGAUAUCGUCUUUCCGCCACUACCAAAGCUCUAGCAUAUCCGCCCCUGCCACUGCAUGCCCUUCAGAGGUUUCAAGCCCUAUGUUCAAUCUGGGACUUGAGCUGCAGCAGCCUGACUCUUGGUCCGACAGGCUAGGUCACGCAAACUUCACCAUCUUGCCAAAGCCGUAUGUUCCGCAAGAAGUUUCGGACCUGGCUGUUUUGGAGGCACUGCGUGCGGAUUGGAACCAGGCGCGAAUCAACUUCACGAAGCACCUGGUGCGCACUGGAGAGCAUUAUGGGGCAACUUCGAAAACCUAUCAGCUCACCGAAGAGAAGUGGGCCGAGAUUGAGCUGGAAUGGCGCCUUGCCCACGAUACUGUCGUGGCACGAUUUUCUGCCAUGUGCAACGGUAACGGGGACACAUCGGAAGCUCUGAGGUGGCGCCACCAGCAGGAGGAUGUUACCCUCCCCUCAACCGUACCAGUCAUGCUCGAUGGCGAGGGCGGCAAGUUCCCCGCCAUGGGCGAUGAAGACAUUGUUGGCCCAAUGAUCCGAGAUGCUGCCAUGUCUCGAGAACUCUCACCUUCCCGUCAGGGUAGUGCCUCGAGGUUCUGGAGGAGCAUCGUCGGGCGGGUCAACGGCAUGAAGAAGUAAAAAAAAAACAUCAAUCGAAUUUUGUCACAACAACCAGCAACUUAGCGCGGAGUUUUGGGCGCGCACUACCGGUUUCUUUUUAUUUUUGGUUUCAACGCAUUUACGAACGGACGGACGGCGAUCACUGGCGUAAACAACAAAACUUUUACACGAUAUCUCAUCUCUAUCCAUCCCCUCUGGGAUGGACUUACUGGCCCUUGGACACGAUACUACUGGAUUUAUGACCACGAUUUUCACUGCGCCUUUUUAAAAACAACUUCAAAGCGGAAUAGACUCGAUACCUGUGUUGGGUAUGGCACCGGCCAUCGCGCCCUACCACCCUCACACCCUUCCUUACUUUUUACCUGACUUUCCAAAGUCAAUACUACAACAGACAUAACAUAACAAUAUGAUGCCCAUCAUGACGCUCUUUACACCUACUUUUUCUUUAUUUCCUUUUAUUUUUUUUGACUUUUGUUUUACCAAGAUAUCCAAAUGUUUAAAACCUAACCUCCUGUCUCAGAAUUGUUCCUCCCAUCUACAAAGUCGUCUCCUCAUGGAGUUACCAGAACCUAUCAAUUGACUACUUUUUUACUACUGAGUACAUCUAUUCUUUUCCAUAUCUUUUGGCUACCUUCAUCUCACUGCAGCUCUGUCUUUUGAUGGAUCACUGAGCCUGUAAUUCAGGCGGCGGACGCUCCCGUCACCUCGCACCUUGCAAUGCAGACAACCGUUGCUGCAGAGGGCUACCUCCAGCAUAUAUAUCUAUCUAUCUGAUACACCCUAUUUCUUAUUACGCAUCCUUUAGACGGUAAAUUGUACGCAGUCUUCACUGCAUGCUGCAGCUUCUUUUGGACUCGCCUAAUUGGUUGAUUUUAUCUCUCUUAUCUGUAUACCCAUCUCGUUGGCGUGAUUGAAGAAACGGAUUUCACAACCUAAUUUUGUAUAGCAACUAUAUCUACGGUGGCGUUGUUUGUAAAACUAGAAUCAAAAUAUGAAAAUUGAAUGGUGCUACUUGCAUACACCUGGA